CACUUUUCCAGAGCCGUCAGGCCGCUAGAGGCGCUGUGACGACUCGAAAAUCUUUCUCCGGAUUUUACGGACUCCAAUAGGCGCGACGAUUUUGCAGUCAAGUUAAGUGAUUUAAGUCUAUGUUUCACACGUGCUGGGCUGCUUUUAGUUUUCUCAUCUGCCAUUAGAUAUCUGAUUUAUUGACCAUGACUUUCCACUUAAAGAAUAAGUAGCAUGUUUUAUUAUAUCUGAAGUUCAGAACUAGUUUUGUGAGUUGGACCGUUGGACUAAAAAUCAUCAAAGUAUAGUUCAUCGGUUGAAUAACCAUGCUGCAUUGCUGCUGCAUUUUAACGACAUAGAAAUGUGUGCAAGAUCCUUUCCAGUUUUCCAAUUGUAUUAUUAGUAUUAAGUUUACAACUUCCAGUAGAAUAAACUGAUUGAUCGUGAAGAUGGAGAGGAAACCAACUGUAGCCGAGAUAAGUCCUGACAAAUCUUCAUCCCCCAUCGAGUUUACUGGUAGCAGUGUAAAGCCUUUAAGUACACAAAUAAAAGAAAACAGCUUCUUUCAAUCUAUAAAUGGAAGCUCUGAGCAGAAGCAACUACCCAAUAAAAUUCAAGACCAGCAAUUUAAAGAUGAAAGUAGAUCUUCAGAAGGUGCUGAAGAGGUGCAGGUCGGAAUUUUCUCUCUAUCAGAGGCUAUAAAAAAAGCCAGUGAUUUGUCGCGUGAAAAGAAAACGUUGCAAAGUCACAUUAAAAACUUGCAGGAACACGUUUCCGCUGUCGAAGAGCAACUAGAACAGAAGCAAGGCCAGUGUGAAAUGGUGAAUUCACAGUUAAAAGACAAGGAGCAACGACUAAAAGAGGCACUUGAAUACAUUUCGGCGCUAAAAGAAGUAAUGCGAAUUGAAGAUGGACGACACUCAUCUGCCUUGAAAAAAGCUUGUUCUGACCAUGAUUCUGUUAAAAAAGAACUUGAAAGUUGUACAAAUGAAUGUAUUGGUUACCUUAAUCAAUUGCUUGAGGCGCAAGCAGAUGGUAAAGCCAUUGAGAAAGAUAAACUUUAAUUAGAGAGAAAUGUGAAUGUGACAAUCGGUGCACUUCAAGCCGAAAUUCAACAGCUUAAACUUCAUUUGGAAACUUCUUCUGCAGAACUCUCCGCUGCAGGAGAAAAAGCGUUGCAAUUUCAAGAGAAAAACGAGGUGUUGCGUUCUCAGUUAGAUUCUUUGCAACAUUUAAAUGAUUCUGAAGAAAACCUUCGAUUGGACUUAACUAAAAUACAGCAAGAACUCGAUAGCGAAAGAGCAGUGGACACUGCAACUGAAAUCUUAGCAGAGGAGAAGUUAAGUGGUACUAAAAAUGCUCUGGAGUUUCAAGUGAAUGAAUUGCAAGAAAAUCUAGAAGUAGUUCAACAUCAAAAUGAAUCAAUCAAACAAGAACUCUACAGUGAACGAUCAGCCCACAGUGAGACCAAAUCUCCCUUGGAAUUAUGCCAGAAUCAAUUAGAAGAAGGUCGCAAUCGGCAUUUAUUGGAAUUGUCCAAGGUACAGAAUACUGUAAAUAUUUUGAAGGAUGAGAAAAAUGCACUGCAAUCUCAAGUCGACGAGUUCCAGGCAAAUUUGUUUGCGGCGUCCAGUUCGAAUGAAUCAUUAAAGAAAGAAUUGGAAGCAAUCCGAGAGAAAAAUCUUGCGUUUGAACGUCAAUUGGAAUUUUCAGCAAUAGAAAUGUCAACUUUGAGGGUAGAAGCUCAAAAGCAAUCCAACAGAAAUAACGAACUCCAAGUUCAUCUUGAUGACAUGGAGGAUCUGUUACUUUCCGAUCGAACCAAGCUCAGGGCCGAAAUAGCCAAUCUCUUGAAAGAGAAACUGGAAAUGGAAGAAACUGCCCAGCGUUUGGAAAGGACAGCGAGAGCUCAAGAGCCAAAUAUUGAAAUAGUUACAGAAAAUAAUCUCAAGCUAAUGAAAGACAAACUGGAAAUCGAAGAGACAGUCAAACGUCUGGAAAAGACGCUCAGCGCUUACGAAGAAUAUAUAAAAAUCACCCAUCAAACCGUUUGCUGCACGCUCGUUUUCACUGAAAACUUGAAAGCGGUGAAUAAUGCAAGUAGUCUGAUAAAUGAAAUUAAAUCAUUUAUGGAAAAGAUAGGAAGCAUCCGACAAAAUGCCGAAGUUGUUGAUGAAGACUUUAAGGAUUUAAAUUUUUCUUUCACUGAAACUAAGAAUUCCUUCUUAGUGAAUAAGGACACAGACAAACGUGACAGUAAAACGGUAGCCAUGGACGAAGACGGUAUUAAAAUUAUUGAAGAACCUCCACCUUCGGCUACUCGAAAGGCCCCUACAAGAAGUGCGGCGGUUGCUGAAAAACGAUCACUUUCCGUUCAGAAAGAAAACGAGCAUUCUUCUAGAACCAGUAGCAACGAGCCAACUGAUAUCAACAAUGAGGCAUACGCAAUUCGUGGGCGUCAAAAGUUGGUUCCAUCUCCACCAUGUAAUUUUCCGAUGCCGAUGCUGAUAUUAGAAGAUUGUUUACGAGUCCGACAGAAUCCAAAAACUGCCAGAGCUCGUAAAGAUGAAUCUCAAAUCAGUGAUGAUGAUUCCUAUUCCUUCACAGCGACUCCUUUUCUAUCGGCUAAGCAGAAUGACGCCCCAGAAUACUUAUCGAUGAAUGCCCGUACCUGCCAAACCAAUCCAAAUCCGGUCAUCCCGCUCUCAGUUCCUCCCGCUAAGAAAUGUCGUAAUAAGUAGAAUUAUCUUUUUCUUAAAAAUAUUAUGCCUUCCGAAACUUUAUUGAAAUAAGAACUUUCAAGUAACGGAUGGGCAAUUUUCAUUCGAAUUAACUUGAUCUAACAGAUACCAAAAAACUCAAAUUUCUUUUAAUUUCAUUUUUUCAAGUUACACAUCAAACAAAUACUUUGUUAUUUUUUGUUUAUCCCUUUCUUGUAUUGGCUGCUAGGAAUCUCAUUCAAGUGGUACUUUUUUUGUCAAUCCUUUCGCUCCCUCCUUUCAUUCCCUGUGUUCUCUGAAAACAAGACAUGUUCAUUCAUUUCCUGUAGAGAUAAUAAUUUUUUUUUUCUAAA